AGCCCCGCCGCGCCGGCGCCGCGGGGAGAGGCAGGCAACAGAGACAGAAGAAUCUCAGGAUAUAUCCGUGCAUCUGCUGCAAUCCCUGGUUGAGAGAGCAGAGGAAAUUAAUCAGCUCACGAAGAAAGUGCAGAUUGAGAACCAGCAGCAGUUGGAGGAAUGGUGCCUACUUUCUGCAGAAAAUGAAAGGUUCAAAAGGGAGGAGGCAAGGAGUUUUAAGGAAAAGAUGGCAACCCCCAGUCACCUCAACUUGGACCGCAGCUCAGCUUUAAUACUACAGCAGCAAAUCGCGAGUCUUAAGAAUCAGGUCGGUGAUCUUCUGGAGGCCAAUGAGGCUGCUGUUCUGGAGCUGGCAAAUGCAGACGAAGAGAUUUCACAACUGAAAAAUGAAAUGGCUCAAUUAAAAUCUGAAUAUCUGCAGAAGAUAAAAGAAUCCAAAGAAGAAAAUCAUCUUCUCAAGGAAAUGAUGAACACGGUGAGCAAGAGGCACGCUCCACUAGCAACUUAUGAGCAGGACCUGCAUGAGGAGAUUUUUCAACUAAGACGCGAGUCCAGGAGGUUGAGAGAACUCUGUCACCAACUAAAUGAGGAAAACCACAGACUGAAAGAAGAACUAUGGGAUGUUAAGAGGGAAUACGAACGGCUAGCACAGAUGGCAACAGCUAGAAAGAAGGGCCAGACCACAACAUUAAUUCCUUGGACUGAUCUUUGCAAGAAAGACACUCAGACUAGAAUUCUAUCAUCAGUGCAGUAUGGCAGGAAAGAAGGUUUACAAACAGAUGAGAUGAAUGGAAUUCCCAGCAGCAGAAUGGUGUCUAUACUCAAAGUUUUCAGCCCCCAUGCAUGUGAUGAAAGGCAACAAGAAUGUUCUAAAAGCAAUGCCUCCUCAAUGUCUAUGAAUAGUGAGUCUACAGACAUUCUGAUCACUGGAUACCAUGAUACAGGCUUAAAGAAAGAAUCUAAGAGAAACUCAAAAGAUGGUGCAUGUGAGGAGAUCCCAGAACCGUGUGAUGAUGAUUUGUCUGCAGUCAGUCAGCAAAAUAGGACACGUCAUCAGAAUUCUCUACAGCAUGAUACAGAUGUAACAGGCAGCCUCUCUGCAACGGAUACCUGCAGUAAAAGUGCCACGAGCAGCAAACCUAACAAAGGAGUAUUUGUGAACUUCAGCAAGGUCAUUAUGGCAUGGGAAUAAUGAAUCCAGGACAACCUAUAAUAAAAAAACCCCUCAUAUGAGCCUAUGGACUUUUACAGCAAGUUACUGGCAUGCUAUGCCCUUUGACUAUCUGCAAAGAAACUAAUUAUAUUGUUAUACAAGUGCAUUUGCCCAAAGUCUAUUGAUGUAUUUCCUACACA